AGCUGUGAUUGGCCGAGCGGGGUAACUGCAUUAGUCGCUUUCGUAAACAAUAGUCCGCUUCCCUUUCGGGCAAGAACCAAGAAGGAAACCACCUUCAAGUGAAGUGAUCACCAAACAACCUCCUGCCUGUUCUGGAAGCUACGUUUGUUUCACCGAAUGCUGGUUUGAACUCGAGCGUCGCUACGUCAGUGGUUCCACGCUGUUGCCGGGUCAACCAUGAAGCUCCACGGCUCUCUUCUGUUCUGCCUGGCAGCGGCUGUGUUAUUUCCCUCUAUAGCCUCUUCACACACAUUGGACAAGCUGAUUCUCACCCAGCACUGGCCCAUCACAUUUUGUACUGUGGAGCGCUGUAAUCAGAGCAUAAGCUACUGGACUCUCCAUGGACUUUGGCCAGAUAACGGAGCCUUCUGCAAUUCCUCUUGGCAUUUUAACAGCUCUGAAAUCGAGGAUCUUCUCCCAGAGAUGAAGCAAUACUGGCCCAACUUGUUCAACCCAGGAUCGACAACAUUCUGGAAAAACGAGUGGCGCAAACAUGGCACGUGCGCGGCCAAAUCGGCAACACUUAACACACAACACAAGUACUUCGCCAAAACUCUGCAACUGUAUCAUAAACUAGACUUGAACGGUGUCCUCCGCAAGUUUGGCAUCACCCCAUCUGAGAAUUACUACACAUUGCAGCAAGUUGAAGGCGUCCUAGAGAACUUCUACCGCGUCAAGCCCAAAAUCCAGUGUGUCCAUCCAUCCAAGAACGGUGAUUUCCAGACCCUCGCUCAGCUGGAGAUCUGCCUCAACUUAGACUACAAACUGGAGAACUGCACUCAUAGUCAUCAAUUCCAGAGACGUGUUAAAGCCUCUGACUUCAGUGUCUGUGAUCAGGAUCUCCCAAUUUACUACCCGCCAACUGUCAGGAAAAAGAUGAAUUCCACCACAGUUGAAUGAGGAGUGGCUGAGCCCUGCAGAUGUCGGCAUUUUUUCCCCAUUGUGAUUGAAACAAAAUCAAGCUUUAGCUCGUGCCUUGAACAGGGCUCUGCGUUCCUGGCUGAUUCAAAAGAAACCACCUUGAAUCAGCACUCAGUCCAUACGCAGAUCCGUUUUCUAGUCAAUGCCAGUCUGGUGUAUGUGACCUUUACCUCAUCCAGUAAUGUCACGCACUGUUAGGAAUAGCCUCAACUGAUCGGUAAUUAUUUUGGUUGUGGAUCAACUGGUUUAUGAUUUUCAUGAAUCAAAUGUGUGAAAUAGAAUAAAUGUUGGU